ACGGACCCCCAUCAGCCUGGUCGCCGCAGUAGCAUGGCUAGCGGUUUGUCUGGCUUCAGCCCCAUCAAAGAUGCAAAAUCGGUCAAGGACGGCGGUUCCUUCCUGGGGGUCAUUGUAGAAAUAAACCCUCCUCACAUCAUUAUCCAAAAAGAUAAGGACCCCCAGUAUACGCUCGAAUUCGCCAUUCAAGAUCACUUCUCCGCAAAUCCUGAUGCUCAGUCACGCUUGAAAUGUCGACUCAAACGAGGCUCGGAAGCACGCCUUCCCAAGGGAGCCGUAGGGGAUAUUGCCAUUCUAAGAAAGAUGAGGAUGAUUGAAUACAACGGACAGCCACUUGCUACUAAUGCUGCUUACUUGGCGUCGGAGGUCACGUUCAUUCCUGCUCAUAAUAUCCCUUCUCCAACAAUGGGCACACCUUUCAUACAAGGUGGAACAUCGAAGCUUGGUUUUGAGGCCAUGCUGGAUUCCAAAGGCCCCACCCCAAGCGAGCAAGCCGCUGCCAUCGAUAUGAAAGCCUCUGUUGCUGCUUAUCUUCCCAUGUUUAAACGCCAAACCACCGCUACAAUUCCUACUGGGCCCAAAAGUGCUCUUAAUUCACGCAACCCAUAUCCAUACCCAAACCCAUACCAGAGCAAUUCCACUCCCAACAGAUCAUCUUUUAACAAGAAGAAGCAGGUCCUCAUCCGGGAUAUCGAGCCCAUGAAGUUUUAUAACCUUGUGGGGGAGGUAGUCAAGAUUUUCAGUGAGAGAGGAACGGAUCUUUAUAUCACGGACUAUACUGAAAACGCACAUCUAUAUCACUACCCGGAUCCUAAGGAUCACAUCAUGGCAGAGGGAUACGGAAACCAAGUAGCCCAGAAGUGGCCCGGUCCUUACGGGCAAUUGACACUCAUGGUUCACUUAUGGGAUGACCACGCUGAUGCUGCCCAGGAGUCACUUCAAGAGGGGGAUAUUGCUUACCUCCAGAAUGUCCGGAUCAAAAUAUCCCCACAAAACAUCAUGGAAGGCACUUUGAACCAGGAUACCAAAUAUCCCAACAGGAGAUGCGUGUUCAAGUGUGCGGAUCCGACACAACUAGAUGCUGUGAAACAGCGCAAAAGGGCUUAUCAGAUGAACCGCGAUUCAUCCCCAGCUCUUGUACCUCAACCCCUGCCAUCGAAGCCGUCGGUGAAACCAUCCACAAAAUCUACGAAAAAGGAAGAGAAGAAGCAACGGAACAAGCUACAGAAGGAAUUAGAACAGCAAGAACUUGAGGCAAGAGUGAGAAGGCAGGAGAUGAAUCAAGCAGGGCUUAACAACAACGUCCGCGCGGGAAACAGCGAACACGCGCUGUCCACAGUGAAAGAAAUCGUACACAACAAAGCUCGCGAACGGUGGACUGACGAUGGUUUUCUCAGAAUGCCGUUUGUCAAUUGCAGAUACCGUGUCCACCUCCGUAUCGUCGACUUCUGGCCAAUGGACCUCACACAAUUCUCGAAGAACCUGGGUGAUGCCAACUUCAACACCAAAGCGACGCCUGAACAACGACAGAAAUCACGUCAUAAGUGGGAAUGGGACUUUGUUCUUUUGGUGGAAGAUGGUGCCACACCUGCGAGAAACGAGAAAGAGCGAAUUCCUCUUCUCUUUGGUAACGCUCAAGGCCAAAAUCUGCUCCAAAUGGAUGCGUGCGACCUAGCGAAUAACCCGAAUAUCCUACAUAAAUUGGAGGAGAAGAUGUUUAUCAUGUGGGGUAAUCUUCAAGAGCGCAAAAUCGCACUUUGGAAAGAGAAGAAAAUCCGGCUCCCAUUAUCUACGGAUGAUCCUCAACUUCAACUGAAUAACCUGCCCUUUGAGUGCUGCCUGGAGGAAUACGGCGAAGCCGUUGGGGCAUAUGGCGAAGCCACUGACUGGAUUCGACGAUAUAGUCCCUUCAAUACAACCAUCUAUUGA